UUAACAGAUUUUUUAUAAAAUGUCGGGUUCGUCGAUCUUAGUAAAAAUUUCUAAAGAAAGAUACGAGUCCAGCACCUACAAAACAACCCCUGGUGGGAAAGGUCACAUCUGUAAACCUGUUAUAGUGAACAUCAGAAAGACUCACUUUCCCUUGUCCAGUCAUAAACGACCCUCAGCCUCCAGGGACGUUGACCUACUUACGAAGACGUUCAAAAAAUUACCGGGGUUUCACCCAGUCCCCUACGUCUUAAGUGAUAAGAAUUCUAAGAAGGAACAUGAUCCUUUAUACUCGGUAGAAAACCUGAAGAAGGAACUGAAAAACAUUGCCAGUAAUGAAGAGAUAACUAAGGAUUCUGAGAUCUUUGUGUGUGUUGUGCUGGCGUUUGGGGAGUCAGGGUAUUUCUAUUUACCCAAUGAUCCAAUAGAUGACCGGAAAAGAAGUGAUCAACCUCCAAAAUUCUCCGUGAAUGAUCUGCUGCUGAGCUUCAAAGGAAACCACUGUCCACAUCUGAUCCUCAAACCAAAAGUUUUCCUGAUACAGACAUGUAACCCUAACCUUGACCAGAUAAAUAAAGCCAAUUUUGCUGCGGUCGGAGGACUGCUGCCCCAAAUACAGAGGUCCCCCAUAGAAGCAGACAUACUUAUCUAUCAAUCAACUGUGUCAGGUGGUUAUACUGAUAGAAUAAAAAAAAAAACGAAGUCGAGACUAGGAAAGAACAUUGACCAUAAAAGAAAAAAGUCGGCCUGUCAGUUUGUGUACGCCCUCUAUAAGGAGGUCACGGCUCUCACUGACCACAGGGAAGAGUUUGAACUGACCGACCUCAUCCUCAACGUCAAUAAGUCACUAGAGGACUUCAUUGAGAAGGAGCAUUACAAAUCUGAUAAAAGAAACAUAUCCUGGAAUAUAGAACCACCAAAGAUGCCUGUUUGUAUAGAUCAACUGACCAAGAAACUGGUGCUAAAGACACAAAGAUGGAAUUCUACUCAGAGACCUAUACAUUGUUGUAUACUAUGAUAUUUUUGUUAAUAAUAUAUUUUAAUUAUAAUAUAUGGAUACCUAUUUGAGAUAAUUAUAUAGGAUCUCCCAUGUUUGUAGUUGGAUAUGAUUUUUAUCUAAUGAUUUAAGUGGGUUUUCUUUAUCCCAGAGCCUUGGCUGUAUCCCAGAGGGAUUAAAAACACAAUGCAUUUGAUAAAAAGCAAAUCCAACUUCAAAUCAUGGGAUAUUUUUUUAUCUCAUGUUCAAUGCUUCACAAAAUAUGUUUUACACAGUUUUUCUAUAGAACUCCCAUUUUAUUAUACUUCAUUAUGCUAACACAUAGCCAUUGUGAUGUUUGAGGGAUAUCAAUAAAAUAUCAAAUGAGGCGCAUCCAAAAGAUAAAGGGGUAAACAUGGAUUAAAUUAUAAAUGUGUUUGAAAGAAGGAUAAUACUAGAGUCUUUCUCUUAACAUGUAACAUGUACAAUAAAAAUUUCAGGAAACAAAAAUUUAACUUGAUAUUGUUACAUAGUGUAUCCAAUGUGUCUUGUCCAUACAUGCAAGAUUUUCAUUCUUUUUUGAAAAAAAUUAGUUUGAGAGAGAGAGAAAGUUUCAAUUGAACAUGUUGAAUGUUAACAUCAAAUACUUGUAACUAAGUAAUCUUUUCAUGAGGUUUUUCACAGUUUCAUGCAUUAAAUAAUGCUUGUUUUAAAAUUUUCACAUGGAUUUUAAAGAAGUUGUUAAAUUUGAAAUGACACAUGCAUCAUUUAAAGUCUAAUUUGAUAUAUGUAGAAACAACAAUUAUAUAUCUUUAAAAUGACUAAUAUGUACACUUUUAUAUGUAUUUUUACUAUUCAAGUAAUCAUCUACUAACAUAUUGUAAAUUUUAUGCAAAAAAAUUGUAUGUAAUCUUGUUUGGCGAAUAGAUAAAAGAAAAUGAAAUUAAACUUGUUAUUAACGACUCUGGGGGUUUAUGUAGUCCAAGGGCUGAUACCCUAGUAUUACUUUCCAUCAAGACCAAAUCAGAUGUUAUUUUUAGGUCACCUGAUUCACUCGGGUGACCUAUUACUAUUUGGUUUUUGUCCAUUGUUAUCAGUUC